AUGCCGGGGGCCCGCAGCCCCCGAGACACAGAACCGCUCUCAAAGAACCGCGCGCAGCGAGUAACAACUCUGGGAAUAAAGGAUAACAGCCUCUUACGCGCACUCCUCACCGCUGCCGUCAGGAGCGGUGAGCACCGAGUCCCGCACCACCAGACACUCCCGCCCCGCUACUCGCCUGCAGCCGCCGCCUCCUCCCUCAGCACGGCCACCUGCCGUCCGCGGGACGAGGCGGGGCGGGCGGGAGGCCAAUGGCCUACAUUUACAUGUGGAGGAGUUGUAUCGGGAGAGUCGGGGUUCAUUGGGAGUGAAGGAUUUCCGGGAGUGUACCCUCCAAACAGCAAAUGUACCUGGAAGAUCACGGUUCCCGAAGGAAAAGUGGUGGUUCUUUCUUUUAGAUACUUAGACCUGGAAAGUGACAAUUUGUGCCGAUACGAUUUUGUGGAUAUAUACAGCGGCCACACCAACGGACAGCGCAUCGGGAGGUUCUGUGGUACAGUGAAACCAGGUGCCCUUGUAUCCAGCAGCAAUAAAAUGUUGGUGCAGAUGACUUCAGAUGCUAAUACUGCAGGAAGUGGAUUCAUUGCAAAGUUUUCUGCAGCAGAACCACAUGAAAGAGGUGACCAGUACUGUGGGGGACGGCUGGAGAAGCCUUCUGGCUCCUUCCAAACACCCAACUGGCCAGAGCGGGACUACCCAGCAGGCGUCACGUGCUCCUGGCACAUCGUGGCCCCCAAGAACCAGCUAAUAGAAUUAAAGUUUGAGAAGUUUGAUGUGGAGAGAGACAACUACUGCAGAUAUGACUAUGUUGCUGUGUUUAAUGGUGGGGAAAUCAAUGAUGCUAAAAGAAUUGGGAAGUAUUGUGGAGACAGUCCACCAGCGCCUAUUCUAUCUGAGAAAAAUGAGUUGUUCAUUCAGUUUUUAUCUGAUUUAAGUUUAACAGCUGAUGGUUUUAUUGGCCAUUAUAAAUUUAGACCAAAAAAGUUACCCACAACUACAGUUCCACCUACUACCACAACAAUCCCUGCUACAUCAGUUUCGAAACCUACAGUUGCCCUCUGCCAGCAAAAGUGUAAGAGGAGUGGGACUCUAGAAAGCAAUUAUUGUUCAAGCAACUUUGUAAUAACUGGAACUGUAAUCUCAACAACAACACGGGCUGGAAGCUUGCAUGCAACAAUAUCAAUCAUUAAUGUAUACAAGGAGGGAAACUUAGCAAUACAACAAGCAGGAAAGAAUAUGAGUGCUAAGAUUAUUGUAAUAUGUAAGCAGUGUCCUCUCAUCAGAAGAGGUUUGAAUUACAUCAUCAUGGGCCAGGUAGAAGAAGACGGCAGAGGCAAAAUCUUUCCGAACAGUUUUGUCAUGAGUUUUAAGACUAAGAACCAAAAGAUCCUGAAUGCCUUGAAAAACAAAACAUGUUAUAACUAAACUCUGCAUCUGCAUUUUAUCAUUUCUCUUGGAAAAUAAUUUUCACUUAGUUUAAGUCACAAAGACACAACCACCAACGCUAUGACCGUGGUCACCCUUUCCACACUUCUUCCAUCCCAGCCACCAAAGCACUAUCCUGACACAAAAUUACAAACCC